UGUUGCAGUAUUAUGUCUGGCAUUUCACGAGUCGGCAAACUAUUACUACCACGUACUGCUUUAUUGUUAUGUGAUAUACAAGAAAAAUUUCGCCCAACUAUUAGUCAUUUUGAUGCAAUUGUCGAAACGUCUAGUCGGAUGUUAACAGCUGCUCGAAUGCUAGGAAUGCGCAUUAUAGUCACUGAAAUGUACCCUAAAGGCUUAGGUCCUACUGUCAAAGAGUUAGGAGAUUUAAGUGGUAUUCCCAUUAUUUCAAAGAGAUCAUUUUCUAUGCUAACAGAUGAAGUAGCCAAUGUUUUGGAGCUGGGAAAACAAAUCAAUUCUGUUUUAUUAUGUGGUAUUGAGACACAUGUUUGUGUUCAGUCAACUGCAUUAGAUUUAAUUGAACGGGGAAUACAAGUUCAUUGUAUUGUAGAUGCUGUAUCUUCAAGAAAUAUGGUUGACAGAAUGUUUGGAUUUCAACGAAUGAGUCAAUCAGGUGUCUAUUUGACCACAUGUGAAUCAGCUUUAUUAACUAUACUCUGUGGUUCUGAUCAUCCUCAAUUUCGUGAUGUUCAAAAGAUUAUUUUAAAGCCUAGUCCGGAUAGUGGUUUAUUAACUGGAUUCAAUACACCAAAAAUUAGUUGACUACUUAAACUUUAUCUGUUUUUUAUACAUCUUUAUACAAUUUUAUUCUAUAUUUUUUCUUAUAAAUCUUAAUGAUCUUUGUUAAAACAAAGUUUAAUUUUAAUAAUUUUCUUAUUGUAUACUCGGAUCUAUAAUUAAACUACUGAAUAAAAUUUUAAUUUUGCUAGUUAGUAGUAUUUUUUACCAAAAAUAAAUCAAGCUAUUUAUUUUGCCUUGUCUAUUUCAAAUGUAACCAGAG